CUCUCGAUCUCCGAGCUCUCUCCAAUAUUCCUCAGGAUUCCCGUCGGGAUUGUGAACCCUCGAGCUCUUCGAUCGACAACCAGCGGUCGCGUUCGUUCCCCGCGAGUCCGUUUGUUUCCUAGUAAGAAGGAGGAGGAGAGGGGGAGGAGUGCCAUCAGCCAUGGCGUUUGGCUUGGUGGCGCAGCAGCUCGUGCGCCUGGGGAUAUUGUCGACAUCGGACCAUGCCUCGGUGGUCUCCAUCAACCUCUUUGUGGCGCUGCUAUGCGGAUGCAUCGUGAUCGGGCACCUCCUCGAGGAGAGCCGCUGGAUCAACGAGUCCAUCACCGCCCUCGUCAUAGGAGUUUGCACGGGGGUCGUCAUCCUGCUGACGACAAAGGGGAAGAGCUCGCACAUUUUCGUGUUCAGCGAAGACCUCUUCUUUAUCUACCUUCUCCCGCCUAUUAUAUUCAAUGCCGGGUUCCAAGUAAAAAAGAAACAAUUUUUCCGCAACUUCAUGACAAUCAUGCUAUUUGGUGCAGUUGGGACAUUAAUUUCCUUUUUCAUAAUUUCCUUUGGGGCAAUUGAAUUAUUCAGAAAAAUGGAUAUUGGUUCAUUGGACAUUGGCGAUUUCCUUGCAAUAGGGGCAAUCUUUUCUGCAACCGAUUCUGUCUGUACCUUGCAGGUUCUUAAUCAAGAUGAAACACCAUUAUUGUAUAGCUUGGUAUUUGGCGAAGGAGUUGUCAAUGAUGCCACAUCGGUGGUACUUUUCAAUGCAAUUCAGAAUUUUGAUCUUGUUCAUAUUGAUGCCAUCAUCAUAUUGAAGUUUGUGGGAAACUUUGGAUAUCUAUUUCUCAGCAGCACCCUCCUUGGAGCGUUUGGUGGAUUGCUAAGUGCUUACAUCAUCAAGAAAUUGUACAUUGGAAGACAUUCUACCGAUCGUGAAGUUGCACUUAUGAUACUCAUGGCAUACCUUUCCUAUAUGCUAGCUGAAUUGUUAAAUUUAAGUGGUAUACUCACAGUAUUUUUCUGUGGGAUAGUUAUGUCACACUAUACCUGGCAUAAUGUGACAGAAAGCUCAAGAGUUACUACCAAGCAUGCCUUUGCCACACUGUCAUUUAUUGCUGAGACUUUUCUCUUUCUUUAUGUUGGAAUGGAUGCAUUAGACAUUGAAAAAUGGAGGUUUGUCAGUGACAGCCCUGGAAAAUCACUUCGUGUUAGCUCCAUCCUUUUGGGCUUGGUUUUGGUUGGCAGAGCUGCUUUUGUUUUUCCACUCUCAUUCCUAUCGAACUUAACAAAGAAGUCUACAGAUGAGAAAAUUAUCUUCAAGCAACAAGUUACAAUAUGGUGGGCAGGUCUCAUGAGAGGUGCAGUGUCAAUAGCCCUUGCUUACAAUCAGUUUACAAGAUCUGGACACACUCAACUGCGAGGAAAUGCUUUUCUGAUCACCAGCACUAUUACAGUGGUCCUCUUCAGCACUGUGGUUUUUGGGUUGAUGACAAAGCCACUUAUAAGGUUCUUAUUACCUCAUAAUGCAAAGCAUCUCAGCAGCAUGUCCUCUGAGCCAUCAACCCCCAAAUCCCUCUUGUCACCCUUUCUCGAAAAUGGACAGGGAUCAGAAGUAGAAGUAGGAGGAGAAUUCGCAAGUCGACCAUCCAGCCUCCGAAUGCUCCUUAGCAAACCAACUCAUACAGUUCACUACUACUGGCGCAAGUUUGAUAAUGCAUUCAUGCGCCCUAUGUUUGGUGGGAGAGGUUUCGUUCCAUUUUUUCCUGGUUCGCCAACUGAGCAGAGCGCCCACAAUUGGCAGUAAGCUAAGAAGGACACGACAACAAGCGAAAACACAGUAAAUAGGAGGACGAAGUUAAAGAAAGAAAAAGUUCAUGAUCUUUUUUGAAAUGUAAUGUUUUUAGUUGCAUUAUUAUCAAGGCAGCGCCUGAUCUUUGUGCUCAUCAGGUCUUUCUGUCUGUUUUCAUGGCAGCAUGGAGUGUUGUGUAUCGGUUGUGUGAUUCUUCAUUUUCUUCUCAUCUGUAAUUCUUGUUCCAUUCCAAGUAGAUCCUUUAGGCUACUUUGGUUUGAUUCUAUCUUUUUGGAUUUGCAUGGUGUAUAAACUUUUUUAACUCCAAGAUCAAGGAACUGAGGUUAAUCUGUUGUAUGUUCAA